GCUGCAACUUUGGUGCGUCCUUUGGCGUGAUGGUGCUGGAAGCAACAGGAGGCGCUGCUAACGUCCAUUUCUUCACCAUUGUCCGUCUUCGUCGCAGGAGUCGUCAUACGUGAGGGGCCAGAUAAGGCCAUCGUCCGAGCAAGCUCAUCCGAACGGUGAUCUGCCGACCCGUCUUCCUGUUGAACACUCCGUGGAAACUCUCGUUUAUCCAAGACACGCUUGCGCUUCGGCCUCUCAGCGCGGUGUGUUCACGAGAUUUCAAUUUCCGGUCCGUAUCGUCUGCGCAUCCAGACACUAUCCAAUGUCUGGGUGCUCGCUGUACGGAAAGAAUAUCGCAGAACUGCAUGCGAUCUUUGUUAUAUUUAUUUUGUGUACUGGGCUGUAGUGUAUACACAUUCUGAUGGGUUUGUGAGUGUAGGUGUAGGAGAUACGUAUGUGAGAAAUUGUGACUUUAGGAGAACUCAUACGUACUAAUUUCAGUUUUCGUGUGCAUUUCACAGACUGCAUAUUUUGAAAAGGGUGGUGAUCAGCUUUGCUGAGUCAUGGAUUGGAGACCUAAUCAGCGGGUGCUGACGCAAGUCCCAGUCACCAAAGAUCCGAUUAUAGAAAGAGGACCAGUACUAUAUGGCGGCAGAGGGAAACCACAAUACCAGCGGCAGCCGCUGCCCGCGGUGCAACCACACCGACCGCUGCCCACGGUGCAGCCGCGCCACCCGCCACCUGUGGCACAGCCACCUGUCGUACAGCAGCCAGUGGUGCAGCAGAGCCACUACCAGUCGCCGCCUGUGGUGCAGCCGCCUAUCGUACAGCAGCCAGUGCUGCAGCAGAGCCACUACCAGGCCCCACCUGCGGUGAAGCCACCUGUCGUGCAGCAGAGUUACUACCAGUCCCUGACACACAGCACUGUGUCAUCCCAGGCUGUGCAGCAAGCAGCGGGCAUGUUUGCACAGACAGGAAUUGCAGAAGAAUUCGUGGAGUUGAACUCCUCAAAUUCCUUAAAGUUUGCCAACAUGCACGGUGAUAUUCUUACUGAUAUCGGUCAUAAUGCUAGCCAGUGGCACCAGAUCACUAUCAAAACUCCCGUUCCAGAAUAUGAGAGAAGAUUUGUCAUCGCAGCCAUCAACAAACGAAUAUCUCCACAGAAAAUUACGCCUUACUUUUUUCGCAUGGAAAAUCUACGCAUAACAUUCUUUGUGAAUAUGUGCGGGUUGGCACUGAGAACACUUUGCAGGAGAGAUCUUAAAGUGCCGUACGUCUCUGACAAAUUUGAUGAGAUUGAAAUGACAGUCAAACUGUUCAGCAAACAUUUCAACCUCUCAGAAGCUCUGAAAGAAAUUAUUUCAAGAAGACUGGACAGUCCAAAAAAGUUUUUGGAUCUCUCUUAUAUAAACAGCAUUCCUGAGAUCCAGGAAAUGCUGUUUGACCCGACUGAUAAUUGGCACAUCCUGGACCAGAUGCUGAGGGUCGCAGAGGUCUCGGCGCCUGGGCUCGUUGCCCUCAGACUCGCGGGUAAUGGGAUCACGACGCUGACCCUUCUUUGGGAUUUUCUGGUCCACUCCAAGUGGAAGUCUCUACGAACUCUGGAUGUGUCAGACAAUGAGGUAAAGAGCACUGGUACUGUUUCAUUGUCUCGUACUUUACAGAUCUCAGAAGUCUACUUGGAUUGUAAUCCAAUAUGUCACAUGCUUAAGAGAGAUUCAUACAUAAGUGCCAUCAAGGCAACAUUUCCCCGUAUUGCAAAAUUGGAUGGGACUUACCUACACACCACAGCACAUCUGCCUUACUGGAAGCCGAAUUUCAUUGUGAAUGGUACUGGUGACCCAGGUGAAUUUGCUGACCAGUUCAUCGAGCACUUUUUCACCCUCUAUGAUGACCCUGAUCGAAUGAAACUCCGUGGAUUGUACCAUGAGAAGGCUUACUUCUCACUUUGCAGUUUAUAUUUGGAUGCACAAUUUACAACUCCCAAUGCAAGAUUGUCUGCUUACAUUGAUCAGACCCGAAACCUGUUACGUUGCUCUGAUCUGAAGAAGGCGAAUGCUGCACUAACACACGGCUCAGAGGAAAUCCUCGAAAGAUUAUCGAGCUUACCCACUACGCAGCACGAUCCCUACACCUUCGCUGUGGAUCUUUUGGUACAUACGCCGAAGAUGACCGUACUGACAGUAACAGGUGUCUUCCGGGACAUUGCUAAGCAGAAAAGUUCUCAUAGACAUUUCUCACGCACUUUUGUCCUCCAGAGACGAGAAAAUGAUGAAUAUCAAAUUACUAAUGAUAUCCUGUAUAUCUCAAAUGCAGCUACACGUGAGGCAGAAGAGGCAUUCAAGUAUGUAAGACCACCUAAAAAAAUAAAGAAAAAGCGACCAAUGCCUAAUUUGUCAGAGUGUGAGAAGGAGUCCAUGACCGGAAUGGUUCAGCAACUGACUAGUAUGUCAGCUCUAUGGUCACGAAAGUGCCUGGAGGAUACUGACUGGGAUAUGAAGGAAGCCCUCCAGAUUUUUCUGGAACUUCAUGAGAUGAGCAAAAUUCCAAAAUCUGCAUUUAUCACCUCGAAAUAGUAAUGAAGAAAACUUGUUCAGCUCUCAGAAGAGACUGCAUCUCCGUGCUGUGUAUGUUGUGUUAACUGUACCUUGAAACAAUUGCCUGUAAAUAAAUAUUGUUGUAAUUUUGAUUGUGUAUUGGUGUUUCAAAGUGUGCAGAAGUUUGACAGAAAAUUGUGCUGAGUGGGUGUUGAAUGUGGCUACACUCUUUAGAACAGAACCAUUCCAGUGUGGAUUAUACAGUAUGCUAUUUGUAUGUUAAUACUUUACAGUAAUUGCAGAAUGAGGAAGGAAAGGUGUCAACAUUGUCUGUAAUGGUGAAUUUUCAGGCUACAGCUAUUUGGAAAGACAUGUUUUAGCAGUUCCUCUGUCUACGUUCUAUGUUGAUUGUGCAUUAAUGUGACAUACUUAAUUUACGAAUAUUCAUGUAACAUACUCCAAUGCUUUCAUGUUAAGUUCUUCAUAGGAAUGUAUGUGGAAGAAAAGUAAAAAAAUGAUUUACUAAUUAACUCAUUUUUGUGCUGUUGUUUGCUGGCAUCUGUGUGUAAGUGUAUUAUUUGUUUUUCACUUCUUACAUAACUUGUCCAGUAUUUCUUUGCAAAAAUUAUUCAUUAAGGGAGCAGGAAGGAUUUUAUCAAUAAAUAGCACUUACACUGAUGGCAAAACAUUACUACCAACAACAAGACUGUGAAUGCCAUCUGACAGUGUUGCGGGCGUGUGAAAUGGUAUGUAAAGUAUAUAAGCAGAGUAGAGAGGAAUCAUUGUAGCAACAAUAUGGGCUGCAAAUGGGGUAAUCCACUGACAUAAGUGAGUGGUUAACUGCUGUGACCAUGGACCCGAGAAUGAACAUCUUGAAACUGGUCAGCUGUUCAAGUGUUCUGUGGAAAGUUGUUAGAAGGCGGAGGCCACUCGUGGGUCUUGAAUGCCCGUGCCUCAUCUCAAAAUGCGGUGUUUGGAGGCUUGCGUGCUCUGUAAAGUAAGACAGGCAGUGAUUUGUGGCAGGUCGGAUGACAGAGUGGAAUGGUGGUGCAGCCAAGUGUUUGACAGCUCACCAUUCAACACACAUUAUCAAAUAUGGGGCUCCACAACAGACAGAUGCUAUGUGUCCCUGUGCUGAUUCGAUGACACCUACAGUUACGAUUGCAGUGAACACGGGAUCUUUCAGAGUGGACUGUGGAUCAAUGGAAAUGUGCGGCCCAGUUGGGCAAACCGUGUUCUUUGUUACAUCGAGUCUACGUGUACGAUUACUCCGUCCUCCAAGCGAAUUGCUCCUCUAAAUUAUCACUGCUCCACAGACACAGACUGGUCAGGACAGUGUCGUAAUGGGUUGGGAGUCUAAUGGCAGCUGCAAGGUGGCAAGAACUGUCUUUGUGUUCGUCAGAAGACAUUAGACUCCCACACGGGGUACCCUGGAUUUGUAUGCUAGGGAGGGAGACAAUUGCCUUUAGGGACUCUGCAGAAAAGAGUCAGUGAACAUAACAAUUUUUUGUUAUUCUGUUAACUUGAACAGUCAUUCGUGCCCGUCCUAGCCCCAGGCACAGCCUUUCAUCGUCCCGUGACAUUCUGGCAUUGGCGGGACAGGCACGGCGAAUUGCCCCGUGGCGUACAUGCACAGAUGGGAGGCAGAUCUGCACUCGACACAGCUUACCAGCAGGGCAGUAGCUGAGAGACGCCUUCUGGUGUGGUGACCUGGUGCUCAGUGUGUGACAGAUGGCAUUGUGUGCCAGAGUCAAACCCUAUACAGAUGGCCAGAGGGCAGUAUCUGUCACACACCAGUGGCACGGACUCAAGUGGCCCUCCGUUCGUGCUUCAGACAGUGAGGCAGCAGCAGGACGAUCGACGGGUGGUCUUGUAGAGAUGGCAGCACAGUGUCGGCCCGGGCAUUCGGGCACUGAGCUUAGGUUCUGUGCUUGUUGACGGUAGUGGAGACUACAUUGCAGGGACGGUAUUCAUUUGCGUUAAGUGUUGGCGUGUGUCGACACGGCACAGCUGUUUGAUGAUGUCGGGAUGGCCCCAGGGGGAUAUAAAUACUGCUGUCCGGAGCUGAUUGUGCUGCGAAGUAGUUCUGCUGCAUUCCUCCAUUGGCCUGGAGUGUGUUAAGCUGUGGUCAGUGCCCUAGUGCACUGUCAUUGCCUCACAAUAGGUGGUCAGCACAGAAGCGGCUCAGCUCGAGUCGACACAGGUUGCAGACUGGCAUUAAGCACUGAUUGUUGUGCUAGAUGGCACUGGGCUGUCACUUUGGCCUCUGUUGUUACAUUAUUAUGGUAAGGGGGUUAUUCACCUGGACUUUUGUAGGGCAUGUUUUUAUAAUCAAAAGCAUCAUGCUGGUGUUGGACUGUAACUUCAUUGCAUACCACUUUCAUUCUACAAGGUUGGUGGCAUCUUCCAGCAGGACAGUUGUCUCUGUGACAAGGUCAUAAUCGUGCUACAGCAGUUUGAGGAGCACAAUAGUGAACUCACGUCAGUGUCUCGACACUGACUGACAAACCUGUUGGAAACUGUCGGUUCCCAGCCCUGUGCUCACAAACCACCAGCCUGUACUUUACGGAAAUUGUGGUGGCUGUGCAUAGACAUCUGGCGCUGUACCCCUACUGAGGACUUGACAAACUCAGGCUAUGUAAAAUCACUGUUGUGUUGCAUUCCAGAGGUGGACGGACACACUAUUGAGCAAGUGGUCAGAAUGUUUUGGAUCACCAGUGUGUAUUGCUAUAAAAUAUAUUUUGUAUUUAUGUUCAGUAGGGCCUCUAACAUAGUAUAAGUCAGCAAGUGAUGUAUUUAUAAGGAGUGUCCAGACUUGCUGAUGUGUCAAUUUUUGUUUCGUCCAUUUCAUUACAGAGCUGUUUUGGCUACAUUACCAUUAUUGAGUGAUGUAUAUAUUAUGUAGAUGGACUGACAGACAUAUGACAUCUUUAGCAAAUGUAUUUUAACUGUCAUUCUACACUGAAGAUCCAAAGAAACCGGUACAUCUGCCUAAUAUCGUGUAGGGCCCCCACUAAUACGCAGAAUUGCCUCUACGUGACGUGGCAUGGACUAGACUAAUGUCUGCUGAAGUACUGCUGGAGGGAACUGACACCAUGAAUCCUGCAGAGUACGAGGGGGUGGAGAUCUCUUCUGAACAGCAUGUUGCAAGAGAUCCCAGAUAUGCUCAAUAAUAUUCAUGUGUGGGCAGUUUGGUGACCAGCAGAAGUGUUUAAACUCAGAAGUGUGUUCCUGCAGUCACUCUGUAGCAAUCUGGACAUGUGGGGUGUCGCAUUGUCCUUCUGGAAUUGCCCAAGUCUGUGGGAAUGUGCAAUGGACAUGAAUGGAUGCAGGUGAUCAGACAGGUUGGUUACAUAUGUGUCACGUGUCAAAGUUAUAUCUAGACGCAUCAAGGAUCCCGUAUUAUUCCCGUUACACACGCCCCACACCAUUGCAGAGCCUCCACCAGGUGAAACAGUCCCCUGCCUACAUGCAAGGACCAUGGAUUUGUGAGAUUGUUUCCAUACCUGUACACGUCCAUCUGCUCUAUACAAUUUGAAACGAGAUUCGUCCAAUCGGAGAAUAUAUUUCCAGUCCUCAACAGUCCAAUGCCAGUGUUGACGGGCCCAGACGAGGUGUAAAGCUUUGUGUCGUGCAGUCGUCAAGGGUACACGAUUGGGCAUUCGGCUCCGAAAGCCCAUAUCAAUGAUGUUUUGUUGAAUGGUUCGCUUGCUGACACUUGUUGAUGGCCCAGCAUUGAAAUCUGCAGCAAUUUCAGGAAGAGUUGCACUUCUGUCACAUUGAACAAUUCUCUCCACUUGUUGUCGGUCCCAUUGCAGUAUCUUUUUUACCAGGUGCAGCGGCUGUUGGAAGUUUUAUGUUUUCCCGGAUUCCUGAUGUUCACAGUACACUUGUGAAAUGGUCAUACGGGAAAAUCCUCACUUCAUCACUACCUUGGAGAUGUUGUGUCCCAUCGCUUGACUAUAACACAACAUUCAAAUUCACUUAAAUCUUGAUAACCUGCCAUUGUAGCAGUAGUAACCAACCUAACAACUCCGCCAGAUACUUGUUUCGUAUAGGCAUUGCAGACUGCAGCAUUUGCAUAUCUCUCUAUUUGAAUAUGCAUGCCUAUACUAGUUUCUUUGGCACUUCAGUGUAUAUUUGCUGACAUGUGGCGGUAAUUAAUUUGUUAUGAUAGUAAUUUUACAGUUCUACAGUUAUGAAGUCAUCUGUUUACAAAGUAUAAGCACUUUUGUACAGAUGGUAUGUACAUUGUUUGAUUGUUGCCAUUCGUAGUCACCUAUGUUUGUAGCAGUUGCAGUUGUUAUUAAUUUAUAUGUGUUUAAAUGGUAGGUGUUCUUUAUUUGAAGUUUAUACUUUUGUCGAAUUCUGUUUUUGAUAAAUUUGGGUAAAUUUUGACAAUCUCAUACAUUUGUAUUGGCUCCAGAGUAUGUGUUUCAGCAACAAUGUUAAGAUUUUAUAUUGGCUUGUGUCAUCUUUGGCUGUACGCAGUGCUUUGAAUUUACCCGUUUUUUGAGUAUUUCAGUAAAAUUUUUAUAGUAG